GCCAGCCGCCACCUCUAGCGCCGUUCUCAUUCAGUGUGAUAUUUCGACACGGAGCGUCUCGUCCUCCUCGCUUGUCGCCGUCCCUGGUAGCCGAGGCUCAUUUGAUUCCACAAUCGUCUUAGUACAAUGGAAGACAACGAAUCCCCCAACGCCAACGUAGAUUUUUUCGACGAGUUCUUCUCCCAGCUGUCGCACAUUCUGAAAGACAAGGACGAGGAGACGUGCUACAAGGAGAUGUUCCGGAUCCUCGACGACAACAGGAAAGGCGCCAUCCCGUGCGAGGACCUCCGCGGCAUCCUGAAGACCAUCCAGGCCCAGGUACAGAUGUCCGACCAGGAACUCGACGAGCUCAUCGACGACAUUGACAAGAACAAGGACGGCAAGGUCGAUUUUUCAGAGUUUUACAAGUUCAUGUUGAAGGAAUGAUGUACUCCAACCGCCUGUCAGAUUUCUAUCCUCUUCAUCGUCAUCAGCGUCAUUCCUCAUCACCACGUCAUCACAUUAUUACGUCAUCCAAGUAGCAAUUGGAUCCCGAGUCUAGAGUGACGUAGAUUUAUAUUUUUUUUUGUUUGUUUGUUUAGAAACAAAUUAUCGUAGAUCACGUGUUCCUCAACAGCCAAUCACAGACGAUUCAUCGGCCUGUUAGGGACUACAAACUGUGCAAUAUUUAUCUACAUCUAAUGUGGGGGGAGCUACAUGAAUGGAGACAUUCAGCGACUUGAUAUAGUGACCCGGAAGCGACCUUGUCUGUGUGUCUUUUAGAACAAUUUGAGCAACAUAUCAAAUUAUAAAAUCAAUGGACUUCUACAUCAAACAGAAACUGCUGGUACUUUCAAUAUACUUGAAAGUUUAAUUCUAGAGAAGUUCAGAUUCAGUAAAAUCACCUAAACGUUGGGACUUUUUUCUCCAAUAGAAGAAUCAAGGCAGGUAACUACGUCAAAGGGAUUGAUACAACGGUAAUUUGCUUCGUGAGGCGUCUUCGGGACUCACCGAUUGUGAUUUUUAAACCUUCAAGAUACUUGACAUAUGUCAAUGACAUCUGACAUGGUAUCUGUCAAUGACACAUGAUAAUAAUACUGGCUGGCUGGCUAAUACUGGCAAUUUAAAUAUCUGCAUAAAUAUUCAUUGAAGAUAAACGGUGAUUUUUCGUUGGCUCUUAAAAGCAAAUUUACUGCCAUGGUCUCAGAACCAUCUGCAUACAGUACAACCUAAUGGCUAUACUUCAAUCUACUUGGUUGAAAUCUGCCCAUCACCCAGCGACGGGAUUUCCUGUAAUCCUACAAUCCUACAAUCCUACUGACUUUUAUCCAGUAGAGUGCUAAUGAACUAAACGAACUUGUUUUAAAAAAGUGCCCAGCAUGGUCGCCCAGUCGCUCGUGUGAAAGAUGUCAAAGUGCGCAUGACCGAAUCUGUGUUCCGGAACUUUCAAAUUGUAAACAACUCACUCAACGUAAAAACCGCCCUCGCCUGCUAUCUCAAAACAAACACCUUUUGUCGUAUUUUUUUCUCCACAUUUAAAGGAUGACUUUUUUUCUACACUGGAAGAUAGUUGGAUACUUCUCCAUUAUUAGUCGGUGAAAAUUAGAAACUGUUUUAGUUUUUUUUAGUUUUCUUGUUUCCUAGAGCAAGUAUUGUCUGCUUCGCUGUGUAGGUGAUCACACUCAUCACUUCAACAUGAUAUUGUUUGUACAUCGAGAUUCACUAUUUGAUUGUUAUGAUUACAAAUUUCUUCCGCCCCCUA